AUGUCUGCUAACCAGGAUCAAAGUGCAGCUUGGCCCGUCGCCGAUGCUUCUCUUACCCAGGAGAUUUUAGAUUUGGUGCAACAGGCUGGCCAUGCCCGCCAGCUUAAGAAAGGAGCCAACGAAGUGACCAAGGCGCUGUCCAGAGGUAUUGCCGAGAUCGUCAUUCUGGCCGCCGAUACCACUCCGCUUGCCAUUCUUCUGCACCUACCUUUGCUCUGCGAAGACAAGAACGUCAUCUACUGCUAUGUCCCUAGCAAGAUUGCUCUUGGCAGAGCCUGCGGUGUAUCCCGAGCUGUCAUCGCCGCGAGCAUUCUCUCCAACGAGGCAAGCGAUCUCUCCGGCCAGAUCCGCAGUCUGAGGGACAAGAUCGAGCGCCUCAUGAUUUAA